UCCUGCUUUCUCUUGUGGGCAUUUAGUGCUAUAAAUUUCCCUCUACACACUGCUUUGAAUGUGUCUUAAAGGGACUAUCAACCAGUAAUUCUAUAUCCACCAAAAGUAUCUUUCAAAAAUGAAAGAGAAAUCAAGACAUUACCAAAAAACAAUAAGUGACUAAUUACAUUAGUAGCAAACCUACUCUACAAAGAAAUAUUAAAGGUAGUCAUUUGGGCUAAAAUAAAAGGGCACCAAUAAGUAACUUUAAUCCACAUGAAAAAAUAAAAGCCUCAAAAAGGGAAAGUAACUUAUAGGCAUAUAUAUAUGUAGGGAACUAUAAGUGUGUUUUUAUUUGUAAAUUUUUUAUUGAAAAGAACACUGCAUAAAGCAAUAAUAAUAAAUCUAUGUUCAUAGGUAUAUAAUUUGUAAAGAUGUAAUUUGUAUGACAGUGUAACACAAAGGAGGGGAGAGAUAACAUAGCUAUAUAGAAACAAAAUUCUAUAUACUAUUCAAAUUUAAUUGAUAUUAAUCUGAACUAGAUUGGUAAAAGAUGUUCACUUUAAUAAUCAGGGAAACCACCAAGAAAAUAACUAAAAAAGGUAAAAAAAAUGACAAGUCAAUUAAAAUGGUACCCAAGAAAAUAUGUGUUUAACACAAAAGAGAGCAAUGAGGAAAUAAAAUAAUAAGACGUAGAAAACAAAGCAAAUUGCCAGUAUAAAUCUACCUUAUCAGCAAUUAUGUUAAAUGUGAAUGAAUUACACACUCCAAUUAAAAAGCAGAAGUUGGCAGAAUGGAUUUUUAGAAAUGAUCCAACUAUAGGCUGUCUACCAAGGGAAACUUUAGAUUCAAAGACACACAUACGUUGAAAGUAAAAAGAUGGAAAAAGAUAUACUAUGUAGAUAGUAACCAAAAGAGCUAGAAUGCCUACAUUAAUAUCAAGCAAAAUAUACUAUAAAACAAACACAAAAGUUACUAAAAAUAAAAAGUUGAGGAGGGGAAUUUUAUAAUAGUAAAAGGGUCAAUCCAUUAUGAAAACAUAAUAAUCAUAAACAUACAUGCACCUAAUAAUGGAAACCCAAAAUAAAUGGAGCAAAAAGAGACACAAAUGAAGAGUUAGACAAUUUGACAAUAAUAGCUGAAGACUUUAAUACCACAAUUUUCAAUAAAUGAUAAAACAAUGAAACAGUAUCAACAUGAGACAAGAAGACUUGAAUAACCUUAUAAACCAACAGUACUUAACAGAACACUCCAUCUAACAACAGCAGAAUACACAUUAUUUUCAAGUGCAUAUGAAACAUUCUCCAGGAUAGACUAUAUUUUAGGCCAUAAAACAAGUCUUAAUGAAUUUGAGAGUUAAAAUCAUAUAAAGUAUGUUUUCCAGCUACAAUGAAAUGAAAUUAGAAAGCAGUGGCAGAAGAAAAUUUGGGAAAUUCACAAAUAUGUGGAAAUUAAACAUUUAAAAAAAACAAUGAAUCAAAGAAGAAAUAACAAAGGACAUUAAAAAAUACUCUGAAAUGAAUAAAACUGAAAAUGCAACAUACCAAAACUUAUGGGAUACAAUAAAAGUUGUGCUAGGAGGGAAAAUAAUAGUUGAAAUACCUAUAUAUUUUUAAAAGAUCUCAAAUCAGUAACCCAGACUUCCACCUUAAGAAGCUAGAAAAAGGAGAGCAUACUAAAGCCAAUACAAGCUGAAGAAAGGAAAUUAUUAGAGUGGAAAUAAAACAGAAUAGAAAAACAAUGGAGAAAAUAAACUAAAAGUUGGUGCUUUGAAAAGAUCAAUAAAAUUGGCAAAGCUUUAGCUAGGCUGACGAUGAAAAAAGAGGACUCAAAUUACUAAAAUUAAAAAAAAGGAGGGAAAAGUAUGACCCAUUUCACAGGUCUUAAGGGAAUGCUAUAAACAAUUUUAAGCCAACAAAUUAGAAAACCUAGAUGAAAUGGAAAAAAAAACCCUAGAUUAAAUGGAAAACACAAACUACCAAAAUUGACUAAGGAGAAAUAGAAAAUGUGAAUAGACCUGUAAUUGCCAAAAGUGACUAAGGAGAAAUACUAGGUUGGUGCAAGAGUAGCUGUGGUUUUGCCAUCACUUUCAAUGGCAAAAAACGCAAUUAGUUUUACACCAACCUAACAAAAAACCUGAAUAGAUCUGUAAUAAGAGAUUGAACCAAUAAUCAAAAACUUUCCACAAAGAAAAGCCCAGGACCAGAUGGCUUCACUGGUCAGUUCUACCAAAUGUUUAAAGAAGAAUUAACACCAGUACGUAAUAUACUCAUUCAAAAAAUAGAGGAGCAGGGACCACUUCUCAACUCUAUUCUAUAGAGGCCAGUAUUAACAUGAUGACAAAACCAGACAGUGAUAACACAAGGGAAAAAAUACAUACCAAUUUCUCUUAUGGAUAUAGACGCAAACAUUCUCAACAAAAUUUUAGCAAACUGACUCUAGUAUCACAUAAAAAUGAUUACAUACCAUGGCCAAGUGGGAUUUAUCUCAGGAAUGCAAGGUUGGUUUGGCAUGUUAAAAUCAAACAAUGAGCCAGUUGCAGUUGUUCAUAUGUGUAAUCCCAGCAUUUUGGAAGGCCAAGGUGAGAGGAAUGCUUGAGGCCAGGAGUUCAAGACCAGGAUGAUCAACAUAACAAGACCCCAUCUCUACAAAUUUUUUUUUAAUUAGCUGAAUGUGGUGGCUUGCACCUGUAAUCCCAGCUACUCAGGAGGCCAAGGCAUGAAGAUUGCUUGAGCCCAGGAGCUCGAGGCUGCAGUGAGCUAUGAUUGUGUCACUGCACUCCAGCUUGUGUGACCUUGUCUCAAGAAAAAAGAAUUUAAAAACAGAUUUGAGUAUACCUAGUCCUAAAGUUAAAAAUGUUAAAUUCAUACUAUUUUGAAUAGUCUAUUUUAAAAAUGAAAGAGUAUUUUGAAAACUUCACCAUGACUUGAGGAUGGUUUUGUUCUUACUUUGAAAGGGGAGAAUAGAGGAAAAUUAAACAUUAAUUUUUGAGAGAAAGAGAUAAAUUUGACUAUUAUUUCUUUAAAUCAUAUUUCCAAUAGCACUAUUUCAAAAUGUUAAGCUCUCAAUAAUAAAUAGUUAAUAUCAAUUGUUUGUGGAAUUUAUUAGAAAUUCUUAUAAAAGGAAUGAUCUCCUGGAAUGUUCUAUUAAAUAGGUACAAUAGAUACAUCAGCUGACCAUUUGAAUGAAAUAGGUGUAAAGCAAACAAUAGUGCUCAGUGGUGAAAGCAAAGUAAAUUUUACAUUAGCUAACUUUCCAAACUUAAACCUGUAAGAUAUUUUUAAAGUCACACUCACUGAAAUGUAAAUGUAGGAAGGAGAUACUUGAACAAUUAGAGUUUGACUUGAGAAAUUUGUGAUGGAAUCUAAGAUGAUUUCUAAUAAUUUUUUCUAGAAUAAAAAUAGUAUUUAUAAGUUUAAUAUAUCAAAAUACUCAAAUAUGUGAUAUAUAACUUACAAUAUAUCUUUAAAAUCAGAAAGUGUGGGCUUUUCAACUUUGUUCCUUUUUUCCCAAGAUUGUAUUUUGGGUACCUUGCAUUUUCAUGUGAAUUUUAGGGUCACUUUACCAAUUUCUGCAAAAAAGCCGACUGAAAUUUUGAUAGGGAUUACACUAAAUCUGUAGAGCAAUUUGGAGCGUACCAAUAUUUUAACAAUCUUAAGUCUUCCAAUCCAUGAACACGUUUCAUUUACUUAGAUCUUCUUUAAUUUCUUUCAAUGAUGUUUUGUAGUGCUCAGUGUUCAGUUCUCCCACUUCUUUUGUUAAAUUUAUUCCUAAGCAUUUUGUUCCUUCUGAUAUCUAUUAUAAAUUGCAUUGCUUUCUUGAUUUCAUUUUUGGUUUGUUCAAUGCUACUGUAUAGAAAUACAAUUGAUUUCUGUAUAGUGAUCUUGUAUCCUGCAACCUUGCUGAACUCAUUUAUUUAUUUUAGUAGUUUUUUUUUUUUUUUUUUUUUGAGAAAGAGUCUCACUCUGUCACCCAGGCCGGAGUGCAGUGGCACAAUCAUGGCUCACUGAAGCCUCAAUCUCCCAGGCUCAAGCAAUCCUCCCACCUCAGCCUCCCAAGUAGCUGGGACUACAGGUGCAUCCCACCACCUCUGUAUAAUUUUUUUUUUUUUUGUAGAGACAGGAUCUUGCUAUGUUGCUCAGGCUGGUCUCCAACUCCUGAGCUCAAGUGAUCCUCCUGCUUGGCCUCCAAAAGUGCUGGGAUUACAGGCAUGAGCUGCCAUGCCCAGCCUCAAAUUUCUUUAAAAUGAUUUUUAUCUUUCUUCAGUGAUAAGGUUCUUGCCUAUAUUUUAUCAGAGAGCAACUAGUUUCCUGCGUAUCCCUCUAUUUUAUCUUUCUUGUAUAUUUAAAAUGAAAAAAAAUUAAAUAUCAUGCUUCAGAUCUGGCAACCAAUUAUGUAAAUAGUCAUAUGAAUCCUUCAGAAUGGAUAAUACAGCUUUUCUGACUGGUAUGAAAUAGUUUUCAGAUGCUCAUUCUUUAUAUCAUUAGCGUAUCUUAUAUCAUUAGCUUAUCCUCCAUUCAGGUAUAACAGAUCUUUUUUUCUGAUAAAUAUGGCAGUUUAGGGAAAUAAACUGUGGCAUAAUAUGCUAGGCCAUUCUUCUAGGCCACGCUUCUUGAUUGUAACCUUAAACCCUUUAUCAGAACCUAAACAACUUUUCAAAAGAUCUAUACAUAUUUUUAUCCAAUGUUUAAGGCUAUGAAUAAUUCAUUAUGUCACUCUUCAUUUUUUUCACCUGAUUAAUGAUCUCGACAAAAAUGUUGAGUAUUAGUUUUCCUUCCAGUGUGUAAGUUGUAUAAACAUCUCUCUUUACUGGUAACUAGCUAUCUCUAAAGGGAGACAAGUAAUUUUUAAGUUUCUAAUAAUAAUUGAAAACUUGAAUAUAAAUAUAUUUCACCUAUGAUAACCAUGUACCCAAGGCUAGGCUGAAGUUGGGAUCUAAAUUAUCUGAAAAGUUGUUCACCUCUCCAGCUCUGCUUAGGCAUAUAAAAGAAUGGUUUCUGGAGUCACAUAGUAACAGUUUAAAUCCUGGCUCUGCCGUUUCACAUGCUGUACGACUUUGGACAGGUUAUUUAAACUCUGUGUGCCACAAUUCUUCGUCUUUAAAAUGUGGCUAAUAAGACUGCCCACCUCAUAGGGCUUGUUGGGGUGAUAAAAUGAGUCAAUAUAUGCAAAAUGCUUAGAAAAAUAUCUGGUGUAUAGUGGAUAUAUAUGUUAAUGUUAUUGAGAUUUCAUUUACUUUUGGAUUGCAAAAGGAACUGAAAAGAUGCAAUUCUUACUCUAUGUCAACAUGUAGGAAUAAGUAAACAAAAUAUGGUUUGAAUUUUGUCCUGAAUGCAUUAACUUGAAUCUAACUAAAACCUGGUUAUUAUAUUAGAAACAAUUUUCUCUUUGGUUUGCCCAGGAGAUUUGUUUUCCAGUUAUGUCUAAAAUAAUACUCUUUCUUUUUAUUCUUUUCAGUAUAUAUUUUUAUUGUUUUUCAUUUAAUAGUGAUGCAUAGUGUAUCUUUUCUGAUUUACUUUAAAUGUGAAAGAAAAUUCUAAGAUGUUAAUAUUAUUAUUACUGCCAUUGAGAUAUCCCUUAUAGGAAUUAAUUAAUAGAAAUAGAAUCAAAGUAAGUUUAGUUAUAUAAUGCUUAGCAUGUAUUAUAUUCUCAAAAUUCUGUAUUCAGUUUCAGACAUGUUCAUGGCUGAAUAUAUGAUCUGACAAUAAUCUGCUUAUAUAGAUAAAAACAUCAUUUGAGUGGAUUAAUUUAUUAAUUCAACUGGUAUUUACUAAAUAAAAUCCAUUUAUCUUUCAAAAAUAAUUUUUACAAAUACUUUCUAUCACUAUCAGAAUCUGAAAUCUCAGAUUUCAUGCUUUAAAAAGAAUUCAUUUAACAUGAAUUAUAAAUUAUAAUUACUUAUAUGAAUUGGAUAAUUAAAUAAAACAUCAAGAUAUUUAAGGCGAGAAAAUCUUAUAUGUGGCAAGAUAAGUGGUGCUCCAUUCAAUGUAUUAAUUGCAACCAAUAAAUUGGUUAACUGUGUCUCAGUGGUACCAUUCUUUCUUAUUGUUUGAGAGUAAUCACAGUAGCUACACACUGUGGUGGGAUCCAUUUUAUACACAAGUCUCUUUACUUCACCAUAUCUGAGUGGAGACAGCCUAAGUCACCCUUUGGUCACAGAAUAAAAUAUUUUAAAUCAGUGCUUCUUGUUUUCCCCAAAAUUAGCUGGUCAAGGAAUAUGAUAUCUGGGAUACAAAAGGUGAGUGUGGUAACAGGCAAACUCAUUGUAAAAUAUAGAUUACAUCUAUCUUGCUAAAUAAGUUCAGCUUAAAGCCUUUAUCUUCACAAAAUUCUGUGACUGUUACUCACUUUUGUCUUGGCACUAUCCUCAUAAUAGUCACAUAAAAUAAUCAAGUCCUGUCACCCUCUGAGCUUCAGUUUCAGUUUCCUUAUCUUUUAUUUCCUCUUUAGUUCUAAGAAUCUGUGAUUUUAAUACUAUUUGCCUUACUCCUAGGUUCAAUGUAGGUUCGCACUGUAAAUUACUUGAUACAAAACAAGAUACCUGUUUAUUCACCUGUAUUAGUAUUUGCACAUUAAAGUAGGAAAAUAGAACCUUUCGUUUCAAAGGUAGUCCCCCUUUAGACCAUGUAUAGAGAACAUCUUAAACUUUUGCAUCAUCACAAAGUCCUCACAUUCUUAGAAAAGAACAUAUAUAAAUACUAAGAAUUGAAUUGAAAGUGUAUAAAAAAUUGUGUCCUGUGGUUGGAUUAUGUAAAGAAGAAAUGGAGUUCUUUGAAGUUUCACUGAUAAGCGUGUGGGGAGACUGAGAUAUCUUCUUGGUUUGUGCUCAUGAUUAUUCUGGUUCGUGCACUGUAAUGAAAUAACCUUUUAAAUUAUGCAGUUUAAUGUAAUAACAAAGUUUGUAAAAAUUCUAUACUCUUAAAAAUGGCUUUCAUUUUAAAACUUCCCAAAUACGCAGUCUUGAAGUUGUUAAUUUCUCAAUCAAGACGCAGGGUGGCGCUGCAGGCUAAGUUGUGAAUAAAGAGUCCUAAAAAGCUCGCGUAUUCUUUUGUGUCGCUAGACGCAAUAAAAAACACAAGGAAGAAGCGUUGCAAGCAGUGCAGGUUUACCAACGGCUUGGGGCAGCGAUAUACUAAACACAUUUAAUAUUAAAAGCAACUGUGUGACGAUUCCUCCAAGCAAGAAAUUAGAAUUGAAUGUCUCAAGUCUCGUUGCGGUUGCUGAAAGGAUUGGAUAUAAGGACCUGGACUCCAACAUGAAGAAGCUAGGGAGAAUUCAUCCAAACAGGCAAGUGUUGGCCUUUAUUUUGAUGGUGUUCUUGUCUCAGGUUCGCCCCGAGCCUAUUCGUUAUUCUGUGUUGGAGGAAAUAGAGAGCGGCUCCUUUGUAGCCCAUCUGGCCAAGGAUCUGGGCCUGGGAAUUGGGGAACUGGCCGCCCGGUCAGCCCGGGUGGUGUCUGACGAUGACAAGCAGCGUUUGCAGCUGGAUCGUCAGACUGGAGAUUUGCUUCUGAGGGAGAAACUAGACCGGGAAGAGCUCUGUGGUCCUGUUGAACCGUGUGUACUGCAUUUCCAAGUGUUCCUGGAAAUGCCGGUGCAAUUUUUUCAAGGAGAAUUAUUGAUCCAGGACAUAAAUGAUCACUCUCCAGUAUUCCCUGAAAGGGAAGUGCUCUUGAAAAUACUAGAAAAUAGCCAGCCGGGGACUCUAUUUCCGUUGCUAAUAGCUGAGGAUUUGGAUGUGGGCAGCAAUGGUCUUCAAAAAUACACAAUCAGCCCCAAUUCUCAUUUUCACAUUCUCACUAGAAAUCAUAGUGAGGGCAAGAAAUACCCAGAUUUGGUGCAGGACAAACCACUGGAUCGAGAGGAGCAGCCUGAGUUCAGCUUGACCCUCGUGGCGCUGGAUGGUGGGUCUCCACCUAAGUCUGGCACAGUCAUGGUUCGAAUCCUGAUCAUGGACAUCAAUGACAAUGCUCCUGAGUUUGUGCACACUCCAUAUGGGGUGCAGGUCCUGGAAAACAGCCCCCUAGACUCUCCAAUUAUUAGGGUCUUAGCUAGAGAUGUAGAUGCUGGAAACUUCGGGAGUGUUUCUUAUGGCUUAUUCCAAGCAUCAGAUGAAAUUAAACAAACUUUCUCAAUAAAUGAAUUCACGGGAGAAAUACUAUUGAAAAAACAAUUGGAUUUCGAAAAAAUUAAAUCUUACCAUGUAGAAAUUGAGGCCACAGAUGGAGGAGGCCUUUCUGGGAAAGGCACUGUAGUCAUAGAGGUGGUGGAUGUGAAUGACAAUCCCCCAGAACUUAUCGUAUCUUCACUCACCAGCUCCAUCCCAGAAAAUGCUCCUGAGACGGUAGUCUCUAUCUUCCGAAUUCGAGAUAGAGAUUCCGGAGAAAAUGGAAAGAUGAUUUGCUCUAUUCCAGAUAAUCUACCGUUUAUUCUAAAACCAACUUUGAAGAAUUUUUACACCCUGGUAACAGAGAGACCACUGGACAGAGAGACCAGCGCUGAGUACAACAUCACCAUCACCGUCACUGAUUUGGGGACACCCAGGCUGAAAACCCAGCAGACCAUAACCGUGCAGGUCUCCGACGUCAAUGACAACGCCCCCGCCUUCACCCAAACCUCCUACACCCUGUUCAUCCGCGAGAACAACAGCCCCGCCCUGCACAUCGGCAGUGUCAAGGCCACAGACAGAGACUCAGGCACCAACGCCCAGGUCACCUACUCGCUGCUGCCGCCCCAGGACCUGCACCUGCCCCUCGCCUCCCUGGUCUCCAUCAACGCCGACAACGGCCACCUGUUCGCCCUCAGGUCGCUGGACUACGAGGCCCUGCAGGCGUUCGAGUUCCACGUGGGCGCCACAGACCGCGGCUCCCCGGCGCUGAGCAGCGAGGCGCUGGUGCGCGUGCUGGUGCUGGACGCCAACGACAACUCGCCCUUUGUGCUGUACCCGCUGCAGAACGGCUCCGCGCCCUGCACCGAGCUGGUGCCCCGGGCGGCCGAGCCGGGCUACCUGGUGACCAAGGUGGUGGCGGUGGACGGCGACUCGGGCCAGAACGCCUGGCUGUCGUACCAGCUGCUCAAGGCCACGGAGCCCGGGCUGUUCGGCGUGUGGGCGCACAAUGGCGAGGUGCGCACCGCCAGGCUGCUGAGCGAGCGCGACGCGGCCAAGCACAGGCUGGUGGUGCUGGUCAAAGACAAUGGCGAGCCUCCGCGCUCGGCCACCGCCACGCUGCACGUGCUCCUGGUGGACGGCUUCUCCCAGCCCUACUUGCCGCUCCCGGAGGCGGCCCCGGCCCGGGCCCAGGCCGACUCGCUCACCGUCUACCUGGUGGUGGCGUUGGCCUCGGUGUCGUCUCUCUUCCUCCUCUCGGUGCUCCUGUUCGUGGCGGUGCGGCUGUGCAGGAGGAGCAGGGCGGCCUCGGUGGGUCGCUGCUCGGUGCCCGAGGGCCCCUUUCCAGGGCAUCUGGUGGACGUGAGCGGCACCGGGACCCUGUCCCAGAGCUACCAGUAUCAGGUGUGUCUGACAGGAGACUCUGGGACUGGUGAGUUCAAGUUCCUCAAGCCAAUAUUUCCUAAUCUCUUGGUUCAGGACACCGGGAGGGAAGUUAAGGAAAACCCCAAGUUCAGAAAUAGCUUGGUAUUCAGUUAAGUGUUGUAUUUAGUUUAGUGAACCGCUCAUUAGUUUUGUCAAACUUCCCAUUGCAAUGCCUUUAUUUUAAAAAAUUGUCUACUUAUCUAAAUAUUUAUACCACAAUUUCAAACCUACGCAUGUCCCUGAUAAAGUUAAAUUUGUCCCCUUUUUAUUGUUAUUAAUUGCACUUAACAUUUUUAGUUAUACUGGAUAUUGAGUAUGGAUUUUCUCUAUAUUUGAUCUAUUGGUGAUUAAUCUUUUUGUAACCAUAAAUUACUCAAUUAGGAUAAAAACAAAUUAUAUUUUAAUGAAAUUCUUAAAUUAACAUCUUUUUAAUGGAACAUUUAAGUGAAUAUAUGAACUCUUGAAUUUCUAAAUAUUUGUUGUGCCUGUCUUUACCAUGUAACUUAAUGUUUGCAAGGCCAGAGUGUUUGAAAUUUUUCUAUUUAACUUUAGAAUUACCUUUUCCUUUCUGGUUGACUAUACUAGGCUAAGCCCUCUAAAUAGCCAUGAGCAUAAAAUUUAGUAUACUCAUUUUUCACAAAUUGUAUAUAAACAUGCACUUCAUUACAUUAGUAAUACACUAAAAUUGUGGUCCUUUUCCUCUUGUGACCACCACAUGUCUAGUGAUUAUUUUGUUUAUUUGGUUGCUACUUACCUAGCACAUUGUAAUGUUCCAUGAAUGCUGAUAUUAAAUUUUGUAAAAAUAACUUAUUUAUAAAUAAUUUUUAAAGAGAAAAAUCUCAUAUAAUUUGUCAUAACCUUUCAAUAAAUAAAACUGUUAAA